AUGACGUCUGGGGUAAAUUUGAAAUCCAACCCGGCUUUGCCGCCCCGGAGCGAAGAGCGAAGACGGCGCAGCCCGCUCGACCACUUCCCACCUCCAGCGAACUCCAACAAGCCCCUCACCCCUUUCAGCAUCGAGGAUAUCCUGAGCAAGCCCUCGGUGAAAAAAAAUUCUCAUCUCUGCUCAUCCAGCCACUCGGGGACGGCGGACAAAGCACCCGGGCCCGGCGCUGCCAGGAACGGGCUGCCCUCUCAAACCUCGCCGCUCUGCGCUCUGGAGGAACUCGCCAGCAAAACUUUUAAGGGUCUGGAAUUGAGUGUGAUCCAGGCGGCCGAAGGCCGGGAUCAUGUCACAACGUUUGGCCAAAGACAGACCUCGAAAAAGAGACGGAAGUCCCGCACCGCCUUCACGAACCAUCAGAUUUACGAGCUGGAGAAGAGGUUCCUCUAUCAGAAGUACUUGUCUCCCGCCGACAGGGAUCAAAUUGCCCAGCAGCUGGGGCUGACAAACGCGCAGGUGAUAACGUGGUUCCAGAACAGAAGGGCCAAGCUGAAGCGGGACCUGGAGGAGAUGAAAGCCGACGUGGAGUCCCUGAAAAAGCUGCCGCCCCAGCAGCUGGAGAAGCUGGUGCACAUGGAGGUGUUCCCGGAGGACGGGGCCGGCUCCAAGUGCGAGAGCUCGGACCUUUCCCCCAAACUGUCCCCGGUGUCUGGACUCGGGCCCUUUCCCAGCUCGCCCCAGUGCUCCUCCAGAGAUCAGACUACUGACGAGUUCUCUGAAGACGAGGAAAUAGAAGUAGACGAUUGAAUGAGAUCAGAUGAAUCUAUAUUUAAAUACACAUAUAUAUCUAAAAGAGUGAGAAACGGGGUAACCCUCUAAAACAAUACAGGGAACAAACUCUGCCAAUGAAUGGGAGGAAGACAGACAUGGAAUUAACUGCUCCAAACUUCUAAAAAAAAACCAAUGACUUCAUGUCCUUUUUAAAACUUUUUAAAGUGCAAAUUAACGUUGGGAACUCUGCACGUUCUUGAAU